AGACUUUGUAUAACACGGAAGUGAAGGAUGGCUCCCAAAGUUUAAUCCAGCUCUCCUCCCGCCUUCCCGACAUACCUCAGGAAGAAAAUGCAGCGGAGUCCUGGGAGACUUUGGAAGAGGACUUGAUUCAGCUUAGCCAGUUGGUGACUGAUUUUUCUGUCUUAGUCAGCUCUCAGCAGGAGAAGAUUGACAGAAUUGAAGACCACGUCAACAGCGCCGCUGUGAAUGUUGAGGAGGGAACCAAGAGCCUGGGGAAGGCUGCAAAAUACAAGCUGGCAGCUCUGCCUGUGGCAGGUGCAGUCAUCGGUGGAGUGGUGGGGGGUCCUAUCGGUCUCCUUGCAGGCUUCAAAGUGGCAGGAAUUGCAGCUGCACUUGGUGGUGGGAUUUUGGGUUUCACAGGUGGAAAACUGAUACAAAGAAGAAAACAAAAAAAGAUCGAGCAGGUCUCUGCGAGCUGUCCAGAGCUUUCUCACCAAAGUGUCAAAAAAUCCAGCUGA